AUGGUUCAAGACCAUCCUGCUCGGAUACUAGCUGAUACCGGUGCUGGUUUGUCCAUAGUCUCAGAUUCUUUCAUUAGUAAGUACCAAAUACCCACAAAACCCAUAAAAACAAGAUCGAUCCAUGGUGUCACCAGGCACCAACUCUCCAUCAAUAGUUCUGCGAGCAUGCAGGUAUCUAUUGAUACACACAAUCUGGGUGUGGUCGAAGCUUCAGUGGCCGACACUGCGGACUAUGACCUCAUCCUGGGGUUCACUGAGCUACGGAGGCUCAAACCCACCAUACAAUGGGAUACGGGCCAGCUGGAGUUCAAGACUCAGGAGCAGGACCGACCCCCUAGGAGACCCCCUGAAGCAGCAAGAGCAGGGGACCUAACCAUGAGGAGACCAACCCUUCAUGGUAACGAGUUUGUCUCAGCAGAGCACAUACUACGAGCAGCUCUGGAAGAUGGACCCAUAGGGUUCAUGCUGUUAGAGGAGCCACCAUCAUCACUCCCAGCCUUUGGUUUUGUACCUACAGGCGCAGACAAAGGAGUCGAGAUGGAGGUGGAGGUAGAUAAGGUGGUGAUGGCUGCAGACAUACCAAAGCCAUACCAACACCUGCGAGAUGUGUUUGAUGAGGUGGAAGCAGACAAGCUGCCCCAUCAUACCGAGCAUGAUCUCCACCUCGAGUUGAUAGAAGGAGGGAAGCCACCUCAAGGGCCCCUAUACCUUAAGGGACCCAAGGAGAUGUCCGAGUUGAGGAGGUACUUGGAUGAGAACCUUGAGAAGGGGUUCAUAAGACCAUCGAAGAGCCCGGCACGAUCACCGGUGCUCUUCGUACCAAAGAAGGAUGGAGGUCUCAGACUCUGUGUGGACUACAGAGGUCUCAACGAGAUCACUGUCAAGAACAGGGCACCAUUGCCCCUCAUCGAGGAGCAGCUGUUCUUACUCAGGAAGGCAAGGAUCUAUACCAAGCUAGACCUUAGAGCAGCAUACAACCUCAUCCGGAUUGCUAAAGGAGAUGAAUGGAAGACAGCUUUUGGCACUCAGUUGGGACUCUAUGAGUACCUAGUGAUGCCCUUUGGCCUAGCCAAUGCUCCGGCUCACUUCCAGUCAUUCAUCAAUGACAUCUUCCGAGACAUCAUUGGGAUAUAUGUGGUAGUAUACCUAGAUGACUUCCUGAUCUUCAGUGACACUGAAGAAGCACAUGUGAAGCAUGUCACUGAGGUCCUCACUCGCUUAAGGAGCAACAGGCUCUUUGCUAAGCUGUCAAAGUGUGAGUUCCACACCAAGACAGUUGAGUUCCUGGGGUACAUCAUCAAGCCAACAGGCAUAGAGAUGGACCCAGAAAAGGUGCGCACUGUCAAGGAGUGGCCAAUGCCAGAGUCAAUCCAUGACAUCCAGAGGUUCCUGGGUUUUGCCAACUUCUAUCGAAGGUUCAUAGCCCACUUUGCUCGCAUAGCCAAGCCCUUGACAGCACUGGUAAAGCCUAUAGAACGGUUCAAGAAGUUCGAGCUACCAGAGGAGGCCCAACAGGCCUUCCACAAGCUCAUCCAGGCCUUCACAUCAGCAGGAGUGCUUCAGCACUUCGACUACCACCUUCCAACAAGGAAGAUGUCUUCUGCCGAGAAGAACUAUGAGAUCCAUGAUAAGGAGCUCCUAGCUGUGGUCGCCUGCCUCACUCAGUGGCGACACAUGCUAGCUGGACUACCGAACCAACUGGUCAUCCUCACUGACCAUGAAGCCCUCAAGUACUUCAAGUCACAGAGACGCAUCACAGGUCAACAGGCUCGAUGGGCCAUACUACUAGCAGACUUCGACUUCAUAUUGCAGUAUCGACCAGGAGACAAAGGUGGUGAACCCGAUGCUCUCACCAGAAGGACAGACAUGCAACCAGCUGGUGAAGAGCAGGAUCACAAUGUGAGGCAACUACUGCCUCCUCGAGUGUUCAAGGAGACAGCAGACCAUGACUCGCUCCUAGUGGCCCCCAUGAUCUCGAUGGAGUCCAUAGCAUCAAAAGGUCUCAAAGACCUGGUCAAGAUCUUCCACCCCUUAGACCAAGAGCUACAGGAGAUACAUAGGAAGAAGCCCUUCGAGGUCAGGGAUGACCUAUGGUACAGUGGAGGAAGGUUGGUUAUCCCCAAAGUGAUCAUGCCAGGGAGGACCAACAACCGACACUCAAGGAGUGCCAAAGAGGUAGAUGGACAGUCUCUCUCUGUAGAGCAUCUGCGAUUCAUGGUGAUGACCCAAUGCCAUGAUGGAAGAGAUGCUACCAUCAAGGCAGCACAACGACAUUACUGGUGGCCAAACAUGACAGCUUGGAUUGCAGACUAUGUAGCAAGUUGUCCUGUAUGUGCUAGGUACAAAGCUCCUCGUCAUCGUCCAUAUGGUUUGCUACAGCCACUAGCAACCCCAGACAGGCCCUGGGGCUCCAUAUCCCUCGACUUCAUCGAAGGACUACCAACAUCGAAGAAGUAUGACUCCAAGACCUAUGACUCUAUCUUAGUCAUUGUCGACAGGCUAACCAAGUUUGCCAUACUAGCUCCAACCCAUAAGACAGUCACGGCCAAACAGACUGCAGUAUUGCUAUAUGGACACAUGGUUAGACUCUUUGGAUAUCCAGAUCACAUGGUCUCGGACCGAGGCAGGCAGUUCAUAUCAGGAGCAUGGAAGGCAUUUGCAGAGCAAAUGGGUGUGAAGCACUCACUUAGCACGGCUUACCAUCCUCAAACUGAUGGUCAAACAGAGAGAGUCAAUCAGGUCAUAGAGCAAUAUCUCAGGAUGUACUGCAACUAUGAGCAGAAUGACUGGGCCAACCUGCUGGACACUGCGGCCUUUGUAUACAACAACACGGUCCACAACAGCAUUGGUGUCUCACCAUUCUUUGCAUGCUAUGGAUGGAACCCCAAAGCUCAUCCUGACAUCCCUCAACGACUAGGAGUCAAUGAUCCAGGUCGCUUCGAGUACCUCAUGGAUGGAAAGGAGCGUUGCAAGUACCUCCAGGAGCAGAUCAGAGAGGCACAACGAAGAUCAGUAGACCAGUAUAACAGGAAGCACAAGGACAUUGAGUUUAAGGUGGGUGAUAUGGUCUAUAUCAACCGCCGAAACUGGAAGACACGGAGACCCACACCCAAGUUGGAUACCCGGUUUGCAGGACCCUACCCAGUUCAGGAACGGGUAGGACGCCGAGCUUACCGAAUCACAUUGCCAGCAAACCUUAGGGUGCAUGAUGUGUUCCAUGUCUCCAUGCUCGAGCCAGCAAGAACAAGUUCUCUUCCUCAACGUGCUGAACAGCCCACCAUGCCACCACUUCCAGAUGAGGACCUCGACUUCGAAGUCGAAGCACUCAUCGACAAGCGUUCACACAAUGGGACUACAGAGUACAAGGUGUUGUGGAGAGGGUACUCAGAAGAAGCUGCUUCAUGGGAACCAGUAGAGAACCUCAACUGUCCCGACCUCAUCCAGGAGUAUGAGGUGUCGGAGGGGGGACGAUCUCCAUGGAGACCAUGGACUCCUAUGGACUCACAUGCAAAGGAGGGCCAAGCACAGCCACGAGGAGGACCAAGCUCAAGGAGCAGGCACAGCCACGAGGAGGACCAAGCUCAAGGAGCAGGCACAGCCACGAAGAGGACCAAGCUCAAGGAGCAUGCAGAUGGUUACCACUCAGGGGCUCGAGAGACAAGAGCCAAAGGAACUGUCACUGAUCAAAGGAGGAGGAGCAGUGUCGAAGGAGUCGACACCAGGUCAUGA